AUGGUUUUUGAUUUGAAAAGAAUUGUUAGACCAAAAAUUUAUAACUUGGAACCUUAUCGCUGUGCAAGAGAUGAUUUCACCGAGGGUAUAUUGCUAGACGCCAAUGAAAAUGCCCAUGGACCUACUCCAGUUGAAUUGAGCAAGACCAAUUUACAUCGUUACCCGGAUCCUCACCAAUUGGAAUUCAAGACCGCAAUGACGAAAUACAGGAACAAAACAAGCAGUUAUGCCAAUGACCCAGAGGUAAAACCUUUAACUGCUGACAAUCUGUGCCUAGGUGUGGGAUCUGAUGAGAGUAUUGAUGCUAUUAUUAGAGCAUGCUGUGUUCCCGGGAAAGAAAAGAUUCUGGUUCUUCCACCAACAUAUUCUAUGUACUCUGUUUGUGCAAACAUUAAUGAUAUAGAAGUCGUCCAAUGUCCUUUAACUGUUUCCGACGGUUCUUUUCAAAUGGAUACCGAAGCUGUAUUAACCAUUUUGAAAAACGACUCGCUAAUUAAGUUGAUGUUCGUUACUUCACCAGGUAAUCCAACCGGAGCCAAAAUUAAGACCAGUUUAAUCGAAAAGGUCUUACAGAAUUGGGACAAUGGGUUAGUCGUUGUUGAUGAAGCUUACGUAGAUUUUUGUGGUGGCUCUACAGCUCCACUAGUCACCAAGUAUCCUAACUUGGUUACUUUGCAAACUCUAUCCAAGUCAUUCGGUUUAGCCGGGAUUAGGUUGGGUAUGACAUAUGCAACAGCAGAGUUGGCCAGAAUUUUAAAUGCAAUGAAGGCGCCUUAUAAUAUUUCCUCCCUAGCCUCUGAAUAUGCACUAAAAGCUGUUCAAGACAGUAAUCUAAAGAAGAUGGAAGCCACUUCGAAAAUAAUCAAUGAAGAGAAAAUGCGCCUCUUAAAGGAAUUAACUGCUUUGGAUUACGUUGAUGACCAAUAUGUUGGUGGAUUAGAUGCUAAUUUUCUUUUAAUACGGAUCAACGGGGGUGACAAUGUCUUGGCAAAGAAGUUAUAUUACCAAUUGGCUACUCAAUCUGGGGUUGUCGUCAGAUUUAGAGGUAACGAAUUAGGCUGUUCCGGAUGUUUGAGAAUUACCGUUGGAACCCAUGAGGAGAACACACAUUUGAUAAAGUACUUCAAGGAGACGUUAUAUAAGCUGGCCAAUGAAUAA